AUGGGCAAAUCCCGUAGAAACAGAGCCCAUGCGCAUCGCGCAGACCCCAUAUCCGCCGCCAUAAAACCAGUCAAGGCCCCGACCGACCCUGAGCUCGCCGCACUUAGAGAGAAGCGGAUUCUGCCUGUCAUCAAUGACCUCCGGAGCGUUGACCCCAACGCCCGCUCAGCAGCCGCCGGUGCUGUUGCCAACAUCGUCCAGGAUGCAAAGUGUCGCAAGCUUCUCCUCCGGGAGCAGAUCGUCCCCAUCGUCCUCACCGAGACCCUCACCGACGCAAGCCUGGACAGCCGUGCUGCCGGCUGGGAGAUCUUGCGUGUGAUUGCUUCAGAGGAGGAGAGCGAUUUCUGCGUUCACCUGUUCAGACUCGAUGUGCUCUCUGCCAUUGAGCACGCUGGCAAGAAUGUGGUCCAAACAGUCGGAGAGCCAUCUUUCGUCAAGACACCCAAGGCUCAGCAACAGGUCGUGUGGAACAUCACAACGGCCUUGAUUGCGCUGGUAAAUGCCCUCGCCACAGCUCGAGACGAGAUCCUGGACGCCAUCGCCUCCAAUCCUCAGAUCCUCCCCUUCCUAUGUUUCCUCGCUACUCAUAAUUCCACGCCAUAUGAGACGUCUACCGAAGCUAUCAGCUGUCUGAUGUCGCUGUCUGAGGACAACCUCAAAGUAUCGCAGCUCGUGCUGGCUGAUCCGUCAGGUUGUUUCAGAACCCUGACCAAGUUCAAAGAAGGCCCUGACGUUAAGAAUGUUUAUUCUUGUGGCGUUCUUCACAACAUCUACUCGUCACUCGAGUGGCACGACGGUAGCCCUGGCCAGGACGGCGCCACAGACGCACAACUCAUACCGGCUUUGUCUAACGUGCUGCGACGCACGAGGCAGGAGUCCAAGACGAACAAGAUCAGCGGGGUCCCCCCCGAAGCUGUGUCACUCGCGCUGGAAAUUCUGGCCUCUAUCGCAACAGAUCUGCAAGACACUGUGGCAAAGGGCAACAAGGACAAGGACAAGGAGGAGUGGAAUGGGAUCGAGGACGACGACGAGAUGGCGGAUAACGACGAGGAUGAAGCGAAGCAAGGAGACGACGAGGAUGAAAUUGCAGAUGCCACAGACGCCAUGGAGGCUGACGGAGCCGAGGGCGAGGAAGACGACGAGAUGGACGAGGACGCAAUGGAGGCUGACCUGGAUUUGGUAACUGGGGAGGGCGACGACGCUGAGGACGACAGCGGAAUCGAUGACCUGCCGACGCUCAGAGAGUUUGUGACGAAGGCAGUGCCACAAAUAAUCCGCAUGGCCAACCUGGCACCUGCGUCCGACGAGGCCGUCGCAAUCCAGAGUGAGGCGUUUUCCGCUCUCAACAACAUUUCUUGGACGCUAUCCUGUUUCGACUACUCGGAGACUGGCAACGCUGGCAUUCUGAAGGCCUGGACGCCGGUAGCCAAGCAAAUCUGGUCCAACGUGAUUACGCCCGUCCUCGCAGCGGACACGGGGGAUGUGUCCUUGGCUUCCCUUGUCACUAGCAUCGCAUGGGCCGUCUCUCGCACUCUGCAGGGUUCGACCCCUCUGGUAGGCGACGAGCACCGGAAGUUCAUCGCUCUUUACAAGGCAUCUAAGGGUCUGCCCGCAAAACCCGAAGAUCAGGCCAGCGAAGAAGAAUCCGACCCCUUCCAAGCUCUCGGGGUCAAGUGUGUCGGCGUGUUGGGCCAGCUUGCUCAAGAUCCCGCGCCCACCAGCCUCAAUCGCGAAGUCGGCAUCUUUCUGAUAACGAUCCUCAACGGGCUGCCGGAGACACCAGCUGCAGAUGCGGUGGAGGCUCUCAACCAGAUCAUGGACAUCUACGGGGACGAGACCCUGCCCUGCGACAAGGAUGUGUUCUGGAAGGACAACUUCUUGAAGCACCUCGAGGAGAUUCUCCCAAAGGCCAAGGCUGCGGUGAAGACAAUCGACAAGAGGGGCGCGACGGCUGAGCUGAGGUCCCGCGCAGAUGAGGCCGUUCUAAACCUGGGCCGAUUCAUCCAGUACAAGAAGAAAAACCCGCCAAAACCCUGA